AUGGAGGUGGAAAAGGGUAUUGAGAUGGUGGCAUUGGAAUCUUUGGGUAAAGGGUUUGAUUUGGCUAGUGAUUUUCGUUUGAGGUUUGCCAAGGGAAUUCGUGAGGGUGGUGGUGAUAGUAGGAAAAGGUUGGUGGUGCUUGAUGAACAAAACAAGACAGAUAUUUUGAUUCCUGGAGCUGGUGGAGCUACCAUAAUCAAAGGGGUUUCUGAGAAUAUUCGGUGUGAUAAAGGGGAUCGAAUUCGCUUCAAGUCUGAUGUACUUGAGUUCAAUCAGAUGUCUGAGCUGCUAAAUAAAAAAUCAGCAGUACACGGAAAAAUACCUUCUGGCUAUUUUAAUGCUCUUUUUGAUUUGAGUGGUGAUUGGCUUCGAGAUGCGUCUGACAUCAAAUGUCUUGCUUUUGAUGGAUAUUUCAUUUCUCUCUACUGUUUGCACUUGACUGCUUCUCCACUUGUACUGCAAGAGGAAGUAAAGAAGUCUGUCCCAGCUCAGUGGGAUCCCGCCGCAUUGUCUAGGUUCAUCCAGACAUAUGGUACUCACAUAGUAGUAGGCAUGGCUGUUGGAGGUCAAGAUGUAAUUUGUGUCAAACAAAAACAUUCAUCUAAGAUUCCUCCGGGUGAUAUCAGAAGACAUUUAGAGGAUCUUGGAGAUUUUUUAUUUUCGGAUGUAAGAAGCCCUUCUUCACUGCAGAGGAAGACUGCAGAUAGCAAACAAAAGGUUCCCGAGGUCUUUAACCGUGUAAUGCAAUCAAACACAACGCAGUUUACCAGUAUUUCAGAAACAUCAAGCAAAGACGGCCUAACUAUUAUUUGCUCCAAAAGAGGAGGAGAUGUGUACAAGCACAGUCACUCAAAUUGGCUCCAGACAGUCCCUUCUAAUCCUGAAGCGAUCAAGUUCAAGUUUGUUCCUAUUUCAUCACUUCUAACCGGAAUUCCUGGAAGUGGCUAUCUUAGUCAUGCAAUCAAUUUAUAUUUACGCUAUAAGCCUUCUCCUGAAGAUUUACAGUAUUUUUUGGAGUUUCAAAUUCCAAGGCAAUGGGCGCCUAUGUUUUGCGAACUGCCUCUCAGGCAUCAGCGGAGAAAGACCUCUUCCCUUUCCCUGCAAUUCUGUUUUUUCGGUCCAAAGCUUCAAAUUAGCUCUACACAGGUGGUAAGUGAUCAGAAACCCGUGGUUGGCCUCCGCCUGUACUUGGAGGGCAAGAAAAGUGACAGACUUGCUUUACAUAUAAAUCAUCUUUCGAGCCUCCCAAACAAGAUGAUCCUCUCUUCAGAUACCUCAACUCCGAGCGUACGAUCUAUGUGGCGAGGAUCCAACGAAAAUGAAUCCAGUAACCAAUUCCUGGAACCAAUCAGAUGGAAAAGAUUCUCAAACAUUUGCACAGCUGUCGUCAAGCAUGACCCUAACUGGUUGAAUAAUUGCGGAGGUGUUUACAUUGUAACCGGUGCACAACUCAUUACCAAAGGAAGUUGGCCAAGAAAUGUGCUUCAUCUAUGUCUUCUCUUCACUCAUAUAACCAAUUGCACCAUACGGAAGUCAGAGUGGGGUUCUGCACCCGAGGCUUCAAGAAAAUCAUCUUUUCUCACAAAUUUGAGCACAACAUUUUCAUUCACACAGCAGAGUGUCACUGCUGCUCCACCAAAGCAGCUUCCAACUUCACUAAACUCUGGCAUUUAUCCAAACGGCCCACCCGUACCUGUUCGCUCGAGUAAGCUACUGAAAUAUGUUGAAACCGCCGAGGUUUUGCGAGGCCCUCAUGAUGCUCCUGGACAUUGGAUGGUUACAGCUGCUAAGCUUGUGACUGACGGUGGUAAGAUUGGAUUGCAAGUAAAGUUUGCAUUGUUGGACUAUUGGUGA